AUUCGCUUCCGGGUGAGAGGUGCCUGGUCGCCCUAGCAACCGAGUUGGGCUUGGCGCUGUACUAGCACCUCGUUCCCUCCAGGCCGCCGAGCUGGCGACCCAGAGGGAAUCGCAAAGUCAGGAAAAUCUGUCCAACACCUCUCUGGCACCUCCAGAAGUGUAUAAGAUAAACUUUAUAUUUCCAAAUGGAGACAAGUAUGAUGGUGAUUGUACAAGAGCAUCUUCUGGAAUCUUUGAGAGAAAUGGAAUAGGUGUUCACACCACUCCUAAUGGGAUUGUCUACACAGGAAGCUGGAAAGAUGACAAGAUGAAUGGUUUUGGAAAACUUGAACAUUUUUCAGGAGCAGUAUAUGAAGGACAGUUUAAGGACAAUAUGUUUCAUGGAUUGGGGACUUACACAUUCCCAACUGGAGCAAAGUACACUGGAAACUUCAAUGAAAAUAGGGUGGAAGGUGAAGGGGAAUAUACUGAUAUCCAAGGACUACAUUGGAGUGGUAGCUUUCAUUUCACAGCUGCUCCAGGCCUGAGACUAAAGCUUCACAUGUAGAUGUUCUGUGUUAAAGUUUAAACUGGUAUUUGAAGCUUUUAGUUCUAAGGAAAGCAACUAAAUCUGUCAUCUGAAAUUACUUCAUAAACUACUUCUGUAUUAUAAGUUUAACAAUAAAACUGUCACUCACUUA